GAUGCCAUGAAUUCAAGUAUUGCUCAUGUUUCUUGAGCUGUUUUGGAGAUAUUUGAGGGAAUUAUUUAUUUCCAUACUAGAGGUGUAACACAAGGACACUAUCUGUAUCUGUAUAUGUUUAGUGUUUCAGAUAUCUGCAUUAAAUACUGAAAUUAGCAUGACCUAAUCCAGAAGAAUUUAAUUUAAUUUAAUUGCAUUUUUAUUUUAUUAAUGUAAUUAUAUAUUUUUCAUUAAUUAAUAUAAUCAUAUCUGUGUUUAUAUCCAUUAAGAACACAUUACCUGUUCAAUUCAAAUGAUGUAUUCAUAUAAAGUUGCAUCGCUAUUCCCUACAGAGGAAGCUGAUGAGUUAUAAUAGACUUAGAACUACUUAGAAUUAGUUUAGAUGGAAAAUAAUUAUCAAAAGUGUGUUUGUAUGUAUUUUCCAGGUUGGAGACCCGUAUGUCCACAGACAUCAGUGCAAUCAUGCAGUUGCUCCAGAGGCAGAUGACGAUGGUGCCUCCAGCCUACAGCACAGUGUCCUCACCUCCCCAGGCAUCACUGUACCUCGGCUCAAGCCCGGGUCCUGAAGAGUCACUUGUUCAGACUGUCACACCUUUGGAGUCUGAGAGACUAUCCUCACUCUCACAGAUUCUGGACCCUCAGGACUUUGAGGAAUUCCCUGCCAAGUCAUGCGGGUCUCUCCACUUCGUGACGGAGCCCUUAAUUAGCCCAGGAUCCGCCCAUCUGCAGGCUCUGACCAGCUUGGACCACAACGCUGAACCUCCAGACCCUGACACCCAGCGGCGUUUCUCCCUCCAGGAACCACAAACAGUUCUGGACUCACGGACACCGCAAAGACACAGCUCCGAUCCUGGGAGCUAG